UCUUCUUUACUGUUUGAUUGCUUCUGUUUUGCUUUGUUUUAAUCAGAUAUUGCACCUGCAUCUGCCUUUCUCUCAAGUAGCCACCUGAUAAAAUUGUCUGUAUUUUUAAAAUGCAUUUUCCUUGUUUGUGGUCUAAUACUUGUGUUUUUUCCCUCAUUAGGAAAACAUAUUGUAGAUUGUAUUUUUUUCCUUCUUCUAUGGACUUAGUGUAAACAUUUUUUUUUUCUGUUUGAACUUAGUUUUAAAAAACCAUAAUUUCAUGUCAAAUAUAAAACACAGGAGUAGGUAAACCAUGAGUUGUGGAAAAGAGUUUGUGGAAACAUUGAAAAAAAUUGGUUAUCCCAAAGCUGACAUUCUUAAUGGAGAAGAUUUUGACUGGCUGUUUGAGGCUAUUGAAGAUGAGUCAUUUUUGAAAUGGUUUUGUGGGAAUGUGAGUGAACAGAAUGUAUUGUCCGAAAAAGAAUUGGAAGCCUUCAGCAAUCUUCAGCGAUCAGGCAAGCCCAUCCUAGAAGGAACAGCAUUGGAUGAAGUUCUUAGAACCUGUAAAACUUUUGAUUUGAAGACAUGUAAACUGGAUGACAAAGAGAUUCAGAGAUUAGAGGAUGAGGUUCAAACUCUGCAGAAAUUAAAUAACUCAAAAAUUCAGCGACGGAAUAAAUACCAGUUAAUGGCUUCUGAAACUAGCUACAAGUCUCUGGCAUUAAAUACCAAACAAGAGGAAGCCACUAAGAAGCUGAAACAAAGGCAGGGGUCCCUAAAUGCUGUGAAUACCAAGCUCAGUAAUGAACUCCAGGUUCUUACUGAGGGGGUUAAUAAUUUGAUGAUGUUCUUUAGAAAUUCUAAUUUAAGUGAAAGCACAAAUCCAAUGGUGUUUUUAUCUCAGUUUUCCUUGGGAAAGUAUAUAAGCCAAGAAGAGCAGAGCACAGCAGCCUUAACCUUAUAUACAAAAAAGCAAUUCUUUCAGGGUAUACAUGAAGUAGUCGAAAGUUCAAAUGAAGACAAUUUUCAGCUUCUAGAUAUACAAACACCAUCUAUUUGCUAUAAUGGAGAAAUCCUUGGGGAACGACGCAUGGAGAUGGCUAGACUGCAGAUGGCAUGCAUCUGUGCCCAACAACAGCUCAUAUACUUGAAAGCAAGUAAUUUGAGCAUGAAGUCAAGUGUAAAAUGGGCAGAAGAGAAUCUUCAUAGACUAACCAAAGAGGUUAUUGGGAAAGAAAAUUUGGAUGCAAAAAUUUCUAGCUUGAACAGUGAGAUUAUCAAACUUGAAGAACAAAUCACUCAUAUAAAAGGCAGAACUCUGCCUGCUUUGGUAAAGGAGAAUGCUCAGCUAUUGAACAUGCCAGUUGUUAAGGGCGACUUUGAUCUGCAGAUUUCUAAACAAGAUUAUUAUACAGCAAGACAAGAGUUAGUGUUAAAUGAGCUGAUAAAGCAGAAGGCAUCGUUUGAGCUGGUUCAGUUAGCAUAUGAGAUUGAGUUGAGAAAACAUUGGGAUACAUAUCGACAAUUGGAGAGUUUGGUUCAGCAGCUCAGUCAAAGAAACACAGUGCUCUGCCAGCACUUGGCCUUGUUAACAGACCUACCAGCAUCUGAGCAGUUAAACUCAAGGACUCCCAUCGACACCAAAGACCAUUCUACUCAUAGGCUUUAUCAACUUUUAGAAGGAGACAAUAAGAAAAAAGAAUUGUUUAUAACCCAUGAACAGCUGGAGGAAGUGGCUGAGAAAUUGAAACAAGAUGUUUCUGUAACACGAGAUCAGUUGGCAGUAUGUACUCAAGAGCAUUAUUUCUUUUUGUCUAAACUGAAUAAGGACGUGGACAUGCUGUGUGACGCUUUGUAUCAUGGAGGGAGUCAGCUGUUGCUUUGUGAUCAGGAGUUAAUGGAGCACUUUCAUCAAGUUGAAUCUCAGUUGAAUAAACUAAAUCAUCUCCUUACUGAUAUUCUCGCUCAUGUGAAGACAAAAAGAAGAAUUUUGGCAACUAAUAAAUUGCAUCAAGUGGAAAGAGAAUUAUAUGUAUAUUUUUUUAAAGAUGAAGAGUAUCUAAAAGAUGUUGUGGAAAAUUUAGAAAACCAGUUAAAGAUUAAGGCCUUGGGUCUUAAAGACUGAAGACUUCUGAAAACAGAAUCUUUCCUAUGCCAGCUGUGUUUUAAAGUACUGGACUAUAUCUAAUAAACUACUAAUAUUAUUUUACAUUUGUAUGUAGGGAGGGAUGUGUGUGUUGUGGUCUUGCACGUUAGUGUGUACUAUGAUGGCUAUGUGAGAUAAGAGAACAACUUGGAAAGUCAGAAUUCUUCUUUUACCACAAGAGCUCUGGAAAUGGGAAUCAGGUCACCAGUCUUGGGGCAGUGAUUAGCUCGUCUUGUCAGCCUCAAUGUUGCUAUGUUUAUAAGUUAAGAUCAAUGGAACUUUAUAUUUUAAUAGAUUCAGUGUUAAGUUGAACUUCACUGAUCUGAAAUUUUUGUUUUUGUUUUUGUUUUUUUCUUUUUUUUUUUUUUACGGAGCUGGGGACCGAACCCAGGGCCUUGCGCUUGUUAGGCAAGCGCUCUACCACUGAGCUAAAUCCUCAACCCCAAUCUGAAAUUUUUAAAUGGUCCCAAAUCUUAAACUUUAUAAGUAACUGGGAUGAUUCCAUGAGUGAAAAAUUCUGUGUCUAAUAUUAUAUAACAAGUCAGAGUCACAAAACAGAUAUGCUAAAUUAUAAAACAACCUUCUGUUUGUCUGAAAUAUAAAUGAAUUUCACAUUUCAGCUUGGGUUCUAUCCCUAAGAUUGCUAAUUGUAUAUGUACAAAAAUUAAACUAUCUGAAACACUUUGGUCCCGCA